GCAUCCAAAGUGGACAACAGACGGAAUUUUAGUUCUAUCGGGAACUCGAAGCGAUUGAGAUGGAAAUCUCUGGACAGAGUCAAGCAAAGUGUUGUUAAAAUUUGAGAAAAUUCACACGCGGUUGGUGAUUUGGAUAUAUUACGUAAAAGGGGUGGUCAAGUAAGGUGUUUUUAGUGCUAAAUGCAAAGGAGAAGAUGAUUUUUCUGCAAUUUUUCCCUCGCAAUUUCCAAGAUACAAAAAAAAACAAUACAGUGUUUUGUGGUAAUUUUGCAUUGAAGCUCAAGCAACUUUGCAAAUUGUGAAGAAGAAUGAGAAGAACUCAAUAGAAGUGGUUUAUUGUAAAAUGUGCGCCAAAUCUCACGCAUUUUCUUAUAGUCUUUCAAAAUGAGAGAUUCUCACAAUUAUGCAUGGAAAUUCUUGUGAAAGAACUGCUUGAUGAUUGAAAAGAGGGGCAUUCUCUCAUCUGGGGAAGGAAAUAUGAGUGAAGCUGGUGAAGAAGAAAUGAAUGAACUUCCGCGAAAUUGAUGAGUAAUUGUAUUCAUUUGGAGUGUUGGGAAUGCACCAAGACAUUCAUCUUCCCCACCUGAGGCAUAUUUUCUCGAUGCUAUGAUGAAUAUGAAACGGUAUCCGAGUCAAGGUAAAGUUGAUUCCAGCUCAUCAGUUGGGCUUGAGCUGGAGGAGAGGAAACCACCGAUUCCGAGGCAGAGAACAUCGCUGAGGAGAUAUGCAAAUGACUGGACGGAUUUCACAGCCAAGAGAUCUGUGGAUAUCUAUGAGAACUUAAGGACUGAUGGGGAAUACUGUGAAAUUGUGAAUGGUGCUGAGAACAUCUAUGAGAAUAUCUGUGACAAGUGUGGGAGGAUUUAUUCAGGUGAUCAGUGCAGUGAGUGUUUUAAACCAACUACAAAGUCCUCUAAAAAAUUUGUUGAUUUCUUUGGAAGUUUAAAACGGAGGAAUAAGGUGAGAGAUCAGCGGAAGAAGCUGGAAAUAAUUCACAAUGUGGAUGGCUUUGAUGGUGUCUUCAGCACAAGAGACACGUUUGAUCUGACCGAGAUUUGCCAGCUGAAAGAAGAAACUCGCAACACUUACGGACGCAUCCAACCACAAAGUGAUUCCACUUACUAUGAAAAUGUCUCGCCAACUUCCUCCAGUCCAUGUGACGAAGUGAGAGAUUCGUCACUGGCCGCCUGGAUGAUAUCACUUCGGUGGGAAGUGGUUGAUUACACUGACAAUUGUGCAGUUAGUGUGAAAAGUGUUCCAAGUAAACUCUACGAUCUUCAGUUGAGUGUGGAAUCUAGUGCGUGCUGGGGGGAAUAUUCCAGUGCUCAAGAGGAAGAUUUUACGCAGAAUAUUCUCAUUUUUAUCCAAAAUAUCAGUGAAAAGUGUAGAAAGAAACGAAGAAGAGUGGAAGAGCAGGAAGUGGUUGAAGAAACUCAAGAAUUUGUGGGAAAAUCCUUGGAAGUUGUUAAUACUGUUCCUAGGAUAUCAGCUUUAAAUCCCUUUGACUUCCUCAAUCGGAUCUUUCUCUCCAUUGGCAUCAAUACAGCUCUGCUUGACUUCAACAACGAACUCAUUGUCUUCUGCCUGCAGACACCGUCUUGGCGCCAAAAUUCCCAAGAUCUGGUCAAUGAGCGCGAAAGUGCAUUAGUCAUGCAAAUUCUGGAGAAAGAGGACAAUCUUUCGUGCCGAGGGAAAUGCCUAAACACAGAAAUGUCGUCAGCAGCUCCAAUCGCGGCCAAUGAUCAAUUAGACACCAACAAUCUCAAUACACUGGGAAAGAAAGUCCCAACCAGUGCUGAAGACUUCAAUAUUAAGUGUGCAGAAGAGAUCAGGGAACCAGAGAAGAUCUAUCAGCCCAUUUGGAAGUUUCACACCGUGGGAAUAGGACGGGAAGCUGUGGCUGUAGACACCUUUGAGUGUUCCUACAAUUCAGAGGAUUUUGUGGAAGAAAUUGAUUCUGGUGAAUGGGAAAUAGCUGAGGAAUUUGAAUUCUCCUCCAGCAGAGAGUGUCUUGCAGUGGAGGAGAUUGAGGAACAUCCCUGUCCUCAGGAAAUCUCUCCAUUCAGGACAAUUUGCAUUCUGUUCAGCAGAGAACAACCCCAUCUCAAUCGUUUCAUUCAUGACUACAGGAAACAUCAUCACAUCUUUGAACAUCCCAUCGAGAAACCUGACCAAAGUACCCAAUACGAGACUCAAAGCAAUAAAAACCAAAUUCAGGGCAGUUCUGGAAAUAAUUUCCCAAUCCCUGACUCAGUGAUGGCAUGGAAAUUCAUGUUACUCAAUGCAAACUAUCCUGAAGACGAAGAAGAUGUGAUAAUUUCUCCUUCCACUUUUGAAGCACUCAGCCAAAGUUUCACGGACUCCAUGGAGUCAUUUAAGGCCAUUGGUACCAGAGGCGUGGAUUUCCUCCGAGGACGAUCGAAGGAAGAUCAGGAAGCCGUUACAGUUGUUCACUAUAAAUGUGAUCUUGGCAAAUUCAGUAGUAGUAGUGUGGACAAUCUUUCAACACUUUCUACAGAUGGUCCUCAAUCCUUAGCUUCAUCCUCAUCAAAUUCGCCACCGUUGGAGAACAAAAAAUUCCCAAAGAUACUGAGACCCCUGACAAAGACUCCCUCACCAACCGUUUCCAUUCGCGCACGGAAAGAAGAGAAAUCCAGAACGGUCUUUGGGCCAAAUCUCAAUGACAUUCGGCUGGAUCCGGACGAGGGAAUCCCAAAGUUUGUGGUGAAGUGCAUUCAAUGCAUUGAAAUGCAAGAGAAUAUCACUACAAAUGGAAUAUAUCGAGCUUCAGGGAAUAAAAUCCUCAUUGAGGCCGUUAGGAAGAAGAUGAAUGAGAGGCAUCACAUCCGGAAGGAUCUCAUUUGGACAUUUCUGGAAAAGCAGGACGUUCACACACUCACUGGUAGCCUCAAGUUGUUUUUUCGCAACCUGACUACCCAGCUCAUUCCCGAUGAUGUUUUUGAUAGACUUCCUCAGCCACUAGAUGAAAACUCUGUGCAAUGGAUUAAGGCAGAGAUUGAAUCAUUGCCAGACAUUCCUCGGAAAACUCUGAACUUUCUCAUCAGGCACUUGGUCAAGGUGACUCAGUAUUCAAGUGAGAAUUUCAUGAAUUCCAGCAAUCUAUCCAUUUGCUGGGGAGCUUGCAUCUUUGCCUCUUCCCAGAAAGCCCUCGAAACAUUCGAUACCAAUGACGUCAUCAGGAAAAACUACUUGAUAAAGCUCUUAAUUGAGCGGUAUGACAGUAUUUUUGACCAAAUUAGAUAGUUUUUGUAGAUUAAUUGUUCACUUUUACAUUAAAGACUUUGUACUAAAAUAACUAAAAUAAAUUAUUUGUAAAUAACACAAAAA